AUGUCUACGAGAAACUCUGUUGUUUCCCUGUCGUCUAGUAGUUCAACUAAGGUGGAAACCCACCUUAUCGAACUACCUUCUCAAACCUCUCUUUUCUCCCACGGAUCCGGCCAGGAAGGCCCUAUGAUACCUAGCAAUAGUAGCAAAGAUGAUGAUCUUAGUUCAUCCAGCAUUGAGAUCGAAAAUAUGGCUAUGCGAGCGUUAGAAAAUUUGGAAGAGAGUAACACUUCUACUCUUAUUCGACAACCAGAGUAUGGAGACAUUCGAAUUGAUGGUCGUGGAAAAACAGAGAAGACAGAAAAAAGUAUGGAGGUUCGAGCCAAUAUCCAAAACGAGUUCGGUGUCUGUGGUUGGAUCCUCACAAUCCUUUCAUACCUCUUGAUUUUCGUCACACUUCCUAUCUCCGCAUGUAUGUGCAUCAAGGUUGUACAAGAAUAUGAACGAGCUGUUAUUUUCCGUUUGGGACGUUUAAUGCCUGGAGGAGCAAAAGGUCCCGGAAUAUUUUUCAUAGUUCCAUGCAUUGACACAUACAGAAAAGUGGAUUUACGCGUCUUGUCAUUUGAGGUACCACCUCAAGAGAUUUUAUCCAAGGACUCAGUAACCGUAGCCGUGGAUGCAGUGGUUUACUUCAGGAUAUCGAAUGCAACUAUCUCAGUAACGAAUGUAGAGGACGCAGCACGAUCGACUAAGCUUCUUGCACAAACUACACUCAGAAACAUACUAGGAACUAAAACCUUGGCUGAAAUGCUUUCUGAUCGAGAAGCAAUCUCACAUCAAAUGCAGAACACAUUAGACGAAGCAACUGAGCCUUGGGGAGUAAAAGUCGAAAGGGUUGAAGUUAAAGAUGUACGGCUCCCAGUGCAGCUGCAAAGAGCAAUGGCUGCGGAAGCUGAGGCUGCACGAGAAGCACGAGCAAAGGUUAUCGUUGCGGAAGGAGAACAGAAAGCAUCACGUGCUUUGAAAGAAGCAGCUGAGGUCAUUGCUGAGUCGCCCUCUGCGCUUCAACUUCGCUAUUUACAAACCCUCAACAGUAUCUCGUGUUCUUCUUUGAACUACACCUACAAACUUUUGGAGGUGGUCCUUGCGUAUGAGAAGGGUAUCUGCUGUGUAUGGAAAAAUGAGAAGAAUCGUUCACCACUCGAGGUGAUCACACGACAUGUUCUGUUUGCUUGUAAAUUCCACCCAGCCAAGACGUUUAUCAGUGAUCGCGAAGACGCCGACAAUGAACAGCUCAGUUCUGAAGCUUUUGUAGCAGUUUAUGCACAACAUCCAUUUUCGCAGAUUAAAUCAUCGCCGUUAAUAGUUGGCAUUGCUUGA